CAACAAGAUGGCUCGCAAAUUGCAUAUAAAAUUCUUGAACCAAGCAACCCAAAAAAUAUUGAAAAUGAAAUUCCUCUCAUAUUAAUCAUUGGAUUGUGGAGCGUCAAAGAAGAAUUUAUUGGUCUAGAAGAAGUAAUCAUAUUUGAUAAUCGUGGAAUUGGUGAAUCAAGUGUUGCUUCUUCUGAUGACCCAAUUUCACUUUAUUUGAUGGCAAAAGACACAAUUGCAUUGAUCAAACAUCUUGGAAUCAAGCAUUUUAAUUUGUUUGGAUGGUCUAUGGGUGGGUUGAUCGCACUCAAUGUCGCCUUGAAUGUUCCAUCAGAUCUUAACUUAGAGAAACUGGUUAUUUGUUCAACUUCGAUUCAACCUCCCCCACCUUCAGCAUUCUAUCAUAUUCUAUAUGAUUUACCAAAGCCGCCGGAUCCUUUAAAGAAUGUUCAAGAACAAAAAGAUGAAAUUAUGAGAGCUUUUGAAAAGUGUUUUACUGAUUAUAUGCUUGAACAUCCUGAAAUUCUUGAUAAACUUGCAGAAAUUCAAUUUAAUUCUCAUCGUCCAUUUGAGAUUUUCAAACGACAAUGGGAAGCCAUUAAAGGAAUUGAUCUUAUCUCGAAAGUACAAACAAUUGAAACUCCAACUCUGCUACUUCAUGGUGAUUCCGACGAAAUACUUCCUAUUACAGAAGCUGAACUUAUUGCUAGUAAAAUUCCUAACAUCAAAUUCAUUAAGCUUUCCAAUGCUGGGCACAUGUAA